UCGGCUCGCAGCGAACAGCGGUGGUAUACAGCUUGCAAGGAGUAUCCAUAAGAUACAAAGAUACAAACACGAAAAACACCAAAAUGAACUCACUGAGGUUGAGAUUGAGCCUGGGCCUGGUCUUGUGCCUGAUCGGCAUCUUCAGUCAGAGUGCAACGGCCAAGCUGGAGGAGAAGUUCUCGUGGAAGCAAUUGGCCUUCGAUUGGCCCACUCCGGAGGCCGAGGCGGAGGCCAAGUCAAGUGGCCACUACAUCGAGGAAAACAAUUUGCCACUGGGCGUGGAGCGCUGGCAAAAUAGAAUCUUCGUCACUGUGCCAAGAUGGAAGGCCGGUGUUGCUGCUACCCUUAACUACAUCGAUCUUGAUUCUACUGAGAAGUCCCCUAAGCUGCAUCCUUAUCCCAGCUGGGAUGCAAACAAGCUGCCCAUUAGUGUUCAGCCCCAGGAUCAGAAGACACCGUCUGGUGGACGCUUGGAUGCUGACAAGGCCCAGGAUGCUGGAGUCCAACUGAAGGAUAACUCCACCAUUAUUUCCACGUUCCGCAUACAGGUGGAUGUGUGUGAUCGCCUUUGGGUGCUUGAUACCGGCCUGGCCGACAUUUUGGGAAAUCCCAAGCAGAUAACACCCAAUUCAAUUUUGGUCUUUGACCUGAAGACGGACACUCUUCUGCGACGCUUUGCUAUUCCCGAUGAUCAGAAGAAGGAUGACUCGUUCUUUGCAAAUAUUGUUGUGGAUGCCGACCGGUCCGAGUGCCAAGAUGCCUUUGCCUAUAUUCCCGAUUUGGGAGCAUAUGGCGUCAUUGUUUACUCGCUGAGGAACGACAAGUCCUACCGCGUCAAGCACAACUUCUUCCACUUUGAUCCCCUGCAGGGUGAUUUCAAUGUGGGCGGCGUCAACUUCCAGUGGACUGAUGGCGUCUUCGGCCUGGCCGUGGGUCCCAUGAAUCCGGAUCACUCCAAGGACAUUUACUUCCAUGCUCUGGCGAGUACCAAGGAGUUCAAGGUCUCGAACCGAGUGCUGCAGAACGAAUCGCAUGUAACUGGCGGUGAUUCGUACUAUGACUUUAAAUAUGUUGGAGAUCGUGGAAUGAAUGGUCAGUCCACCGCCGAGGUCUUUGAUCCCGAGACCGGCGUCAUCUUCUACACACAGGUGAACAAAGAUGCCAUCGCAUGCUGGAAUAUCAAGCGGCCGUACACUCCUGAUACUCAGGGACUCAUCGAUUCCGAUUCGCACACUCUGGUCUUCCCCAAUGACAUGAAGAUUGACAAUGAGGGCACCAUCUGGGUCUUGUCCGACAAGAUGCCGACCUACUUGUACAAGGAACUCGACCCCUCGGCCGUCAACUAUCGCAUUUUGAUGGGCCAAAACCGCGAUCUCAUCAAGGGCACACCAUGCGAAAUGUGAGCAGGGUCUGCGACAUGUGCAAUUUUGUAUUUACAUCAUGACAUUAUUUGUUUGUUAGUAAGAGUCAGCUUAAUAAACUAUCGAAAUGUAA